AUGAUUAAUAAUAUUAAAGAAAUCCCUCAAAUAAAAAAGUUAUAAUUUCGACCUAUUUCUGCUUAUCAUAAUAGUAAAUUUUAACCUGAAAAUCCCUUAAGCCUUAGGACAGGGAGGGUUUAAGAUAGUUACUCAACAGAAAGAGAAACUAAUAGAAAAAGAAGCAGCUUUGCUCAAACUUUAUCAACAGAUAGGCAUGAAUAGAUAAUUGUUAAUAAGCUGUUAAAUAACAGUGGAGCUAAUAUAUUAGAUAAUUCUUAAACUUAAAAUUAUUAUGGAACAGAUAGCUUUGUACCAAAUAGGAAAAUAUAGCUCAGAAAAGUAGUAUCAAUAACAAAUAACUCUGAUAAUGAAGAACAACAAAAUUAUAAUGUUAAUAAAAAAGAAUACAAAAAAUCAUAUUUAAAUAACACUGAAAGUUAUUAGAUAAAAACUUUCACACCAAGAAAUAAGAAAUUUAUGCUUUUAUAUGGAAAGGAAAUGCCAAAUGAACGUACUUCUAAAUCUUGUAUUAGAAGGAGCGAAUCUCCUAACAGAUCAUUCUAGUUAGGCAAUACCGUAGGUCAAUAAUUUAUAAUUAAAAAGAAAAAAAAGCCUAUAAUAGAGCAAGCCUAGUCUGCUUAUCAAUAGCAUGUUACUAAAGAAGAAAAAAUAUAAUUCAAGGAAAUCCUUGUUAAGCUAUUAAAUUAUGAGAAAGAUAUGACGGAUGAUAAGACAAAGAUUGAUUAAAUUAAUGAAAUAAUUUAGGAGAAAAUAAAAUCCAAAACAAAUUUAGAAGCUUUUACAUUCUAAGAAGAUGAGAAUUUAAAGAAUAAAAUAAGAAGCUUAAUUGAGGAAAAACACAUGAAAAUGAGUUCAGUAGUAGAAAAUUUAAAUUAAUUCCAAGAUUCAUACAGAUAGCUUUAAUAUGGAUUAAUAACAGAAGAUAAAUUUUUAAAUACAAUUGAAAAAAUGUCAUCAUAAUAAUAAAACUAAGGUCUUAAGGGAUAGCAGCUACUCAAAAACAUUAUAAGAAAGGUUUAGUUUGCAUAAAGAAUAUAAUUUGUAAAUAAAAAUAAAAUGACAAAACAAGACUCUUUUGUCUCAUCAGGCUCUUCUCCUAGGAUUCAAAAUGACAGCAUUUUUCAGAAUUCUCCUCUAAAUAGCAUAAAUUCUCCCAUAGCAAGUCCAUACAUGAGUAAAAAUUAAAGAUCGGAUUUUUACUAAGCAGUUGGAAUUGAAGACUAGAAAGCAUACAUGAGAAAUAAAAUAAGCAUGCUUUAAACUCUUUACAAAAAAAAGCUGUAAAGUGAUUAAGAAGAUGACAGAGAUUUAAUAGAAGGAAUGAAAAAAUGCUGGAAAUUUGAUAAGCAUGGAAGAAUAAAAGUAAAAGGAUUUUAAAAGUAAAAAUCAAAAAAGUAAGACAUCUAUUCUGCUGAUAGAAUGUCCAGAAAGUAUGCUUAUUUGAGACAAACAAUAAGAGAUUUUUUUAAUAAAUGCGAUAAAAUUGGAGUCAAUCCAGUAUUGGCUUUAGAAAAUAAAUAUUUUACAUCUCUACCUUUUACUCGACCAGGAAGCUUUGUAUUAUUUAAAUCUUUAAAAGAAGGAAAUUUAGAAAUAGUAAAUAAAAUGCUUAGAAAUAACAUAGAAUAUUUAUAUGAAAGAGAUCAUCUUUUGCAAAAUGUUCUACAUAUAGCAAUAUAAAAAAAAUACAGAAGUCUUUCAAUAUGGCUUAUCCAUAAUGGUAUUGACUUUGAUUAAAAGGAUGUCGCAAACAAAACUCCAAUAUACUAUGCAAUUAAAUAAAAAAUGUUCGACGUUGCCAAGUAUCUCCUAUUUAAAAGAGCAUCUCCUUGGUCAAAUAAUUCCAAAUAUAGAUAUGAUCAGAUGACAACAAACUCAGCAUUAAUAAGAUGCAUUAAAAAGGCUAAAAUGAUCGAUUUAUGUGGUAAAUUAUAGAGAGGAAUAACUUUAAAGUAAAACUGGUUGAAUUAAAGGAAAAUAUUUUAUUUAGAUUAAUACUGCAAGAUUCCUGGAGAACUUGACUGCUUGAAUAAUGAAGAAAGGCUUUUUAUAGAAUAAGAAAGGAAAAAAGAAGAAGAAAUAAAUUCUAUGCUUUUAGUGAAUUGA